ACACCGGAACCAUUAGACUGUAUAACAAACUUUCAACCAACGCGGGUGAGAUUAGUAGUCGUUUGAUUUCUCUGAGGAAGAAGAAAGUCAGGAUUAAGAUAAGUGUGGACUGUGGUAGAUGAAACCCUGUCUUUGUUGCUGCCGCAGACAUGCAUUUCAAAAUACGGGCUGCAACAAAAGAAGACUGCAAAGAAAUAUCGAGAAUGAUACUGGAGUUGGCGGUUUAUGAAAAAAUGCCCGACCAAGUGAAGAUCUCUCAUGAAGAACUGGAGCAUGACGGUUUCUGCCAGAAUCCCUUCUUUGAAUGCCUCGUUGCAGAAGUACCUGAGGAGCAUAAAUCUAAAGAAGGAUUCACAAUUGUCGGAUAUGCCCUUUACUUUUACACUUACAGCACAUGGAAGGGACGGUCAGUAUAUUUGGAGGACCUGUACGUGAUGCCAGAAUUCAGAGGAAAUGGCAUUGGCAAGGCUUUACUGAGCAAAGUCGCUGAGGUGGGGAAAAUGAAGCAGUGUGUGCGGCUGCAGAUGUCUGUGCUGAACUGGAAUACUCCGUCUCGAGACUUCUAUGCUGCUAAAGGAGCUCAGGACCUCACCGUCAGCGAAGGCUGGCACUUUAUACGUUUUGACGGACAAAACCUGGACAAUUUAGCAAAUGAAGCACCUAAAGAUUAGAAGUUUGCCAAUGAAAAUAUGUAUCUUGCUGUGAAAAAAUACGGCUGAUUUGUUUUCUUUUUUCACCUUCUAUAAGACUUUGCCAAAAUAAGCUUCACUGUACUUGGUUCUGCUCUAUCUUGUCUUUCUCCUGGUUUAAUAAAAUUAUGUCCAGAUAUAAAGCUUUUCAUAUUUACUA